AUGGAAAAGUUAUGGGCUAAGAACACCAAGAACGGAAUGAAACGGAACAAGAACGGCAGUGGGAGUAACUCUUACUAUAGCAACUCUUACUCCAGCUACUCUUACUCUAGCAACUCUUACUCUAGGUACUCUACUCUAGCUACUCUUACUCUAGUAACUAUUACCCAAGCUACUCUUACUCUUGCUACUUUCACUCUAGUUACUCUUACUUUAGUUACUCUUCCUCUAGCUACUCUUACUUUAGUUACUCUUACUCUAGCUACUCAUACUCUAGCUACUCUUACUCUAGUAACUCUUAAUCUAGCUACUCUUACUCUUGUUACUUAUACUCUAGCUACUCUUACCCUAACUACUUUUACUCUAGCUACUCUUACUCUAGCAGCUCUUACUCUAACUACUCUUACUCUAGCUACUUUUACUCUAGCUACUCUUACUCUAACUAUUCUUACUCUAGCUACUCUUACUCCAGCUAUUAUUACUCUAGCUAAUAUUAUUGUAGCUACUCUUAUUCUAGUUACUCUUACUCUAGAAACCCUUACUCUAGCAACUCUUACUCUAGUUACUCUUACUCUAGUUACUCUUACUCUAGCAACUCUUACUCUAGAAACUCUUACUCUAGCAACUCUUACUCUAGCUACUCUUACUACAGCUACUCCUACUCUAGCUACUCAUACUCUAGCUACUCUUACUCUAGCUAUUCUUAUUAUAGCUUCUCUUACUCUAGCUACUAUUACUGUAGCGACUCUUAUUCUAGUUACUCCUACUCUAAAGACUCUUACUCUAACUACUAUUACUCUAGCUACUUUUGCUCUAGCUACUUUACUUUAG